AUGUUGGAAACGAUUUCACUUCAGACAAAGACUUGGAUAUUCUGGCCACCGCAAGAAAGUGUAAAAAGAAAUAUCCCAUUGGCGUUUCAUAUGUAUCCCAGUUGCAGAUGUAUGAUUGAUAGUACUGUGUUGAGAACUGAAACGCCACCAAGUGUAGAGCAAAGAGUACUUAUGUAUUCAAGUUAUAAAGGAUCGCAUACGAUUAAAUACCUCAUAGCUGUCACACCAGAUGGGUAUAUUUGUAAAAUUUCAAAAGGUUAUGGAGGUAGAACUACCGAUAGCUUCAUUACAAAUGACAGCGGGUUUUUGAAGUUAACAGAGCCAGGCGAACAAGUUUUAGCCGAUAAAGGUUUUCCGCAAAUUAAAUCUGAGGUGCAUAAACGGAAAGCUACACUUUUAAUUCCUCCUGUUGCAUCUAAUCCACAAUUUACAAACGAAGAGGUCGAUGAGUCAUGCAACAUUGCUAGUGUCAGAAUUCAUGCGGAAAGAGCGAUCCAGCGAAUCAAGCUGUCACGAAUAUUAAGCCCUAUUCCGGUGCAUUUGUUUCCUCAUAUAGAUGAAAUAAUGCAAGUUUGCUCAAUUAUAGCUAAUAUUCAACGUCCUUUAAUCAAUGAGCGCUGGACAAAUGAUUCACUAUUGGAUUCGCAGAUUGACGACUGA